AUGAAACCUCCUUUACAAUAAAAAUGCCCUCAUUGUCAUUCAGCUAGCAGAGUAGUAGUAGAGCAGAAACAAAAGAGAGCAAGGAAGGACGUUCCACAUUCAAGCUAUUAUGCGCUGGAGUUGGUUCAUGCCAUUUCAUCAUUUCUUUAUUAAAAGAAAGCAAAGAGAGAGAGCGUUUUAUGAGAAUGGAAGGCUGUUACUUGAGAAGCUGAUUGCCUCUUGCAAUGCCAAGCCUAUUCCCAUCCGUACCUUCUCCGCUCAACAGCUCCGCCAAGCAACCAACAACUUUUCUUCUGAACAGCUGGUAACGGGGUUCUCUAUUCGGUACAAGGUUUCUCUUGAAGGACGAAUUGUUCUCAUUAAAAGUUCUUUUGUUCAAAAUGCCAAGCCUAUUCCCAUCCGUACCUUCUCCCCUCAACAACUCCGCCAAGCAACCAACAAUUAUCCUCCUCAACAUCUGGGAAUUUAUUGGUACAAGGGAUCUCUUGAAGGACGAAUUGUUCUCAUUAAGCGUAUAGAUUAUUUGGGCCGUAUAGCCAUCAAUGAUUUAGUGAUUUCUGCACAAAUGAGUGGUCACAGCAAUGUAUUAAAGCCCAUAGGCUGUUGUCUCCACACUCCAUAUCCCUUUUUAGUGUUUGAAUUUGCCGCCAAUGGUUUCCUUUCUGAUCGAAUUUAUGUCUCCCGUGUUACUGAACUACAACAUGAGCCGAUGGUGUGGGAGAGAAGGUUAAAGAUUGCAAGGCAGAUUGCUCAUGCUCUUUCUUAUCUCCAUACUGCCUUCCCAAGACCUGUCAUCCACAUGGGUAUACGAAUGCGCUGUAUCUUAUUAGAUGAACAUGAUGUUCCCAAAUUGUCCAACUUUUAUUUUUCUGUAUCAAUUCCUGAAGAUGAAGCUGACGUGGAAGGUUUUAAUGGCCUUCGAUAUUUAGGUUUCUGCGCCCCCGAGUUUGAAGCAACAGGCAAGGUAACUGAGAAAGCUGAUGUAUAUGAUUUUGGUCGGUUUCUUCUAGAACUUUUAACUGGAGAGGAUUCUUGGCAAAUAUCUAGAUUGACAAUUGAUAAAGAUUCUAGUUUAGUAGCAUACAUACAUAACCGUGCUCAAGGUAGUUGCAUAAACGAGAUUGUGGACCCUGCAAUCUUGGCUGAAGAUGGGGAAGGAGGUGCUAGUUUAGAGCAUCAAUUACAAGCUGUGGUGGACCUUGCCUUGACAUGUACAGAGGAAGAUCCACAAACAAGGCCAACUAUGGUUGAUGUCACCAAACAACUCAGACGGAUUGAGAGGUUCACACAAACGGGUGAAGAGCUAGGGGGAAAUUUGCAGAAUUUAAAGCUUCUUGAGAGUGUUGAAGAGCAUGCUUCUGCAUAAUUGAAAAGGAACGCUUCUAGUGAUGAAAUCCAAGCAGUGAACGAAGCCUCUGAAAGGCCUCUUGAAGUUUAAUUGUGAUGCAACUGAAUGAUGACAAAAGCUUGUAUGGCAGUUUUAACCUGUAAUUGGGAAGGUAAAUUAAAAGUUUGGUGGGCCAUGAAAAUUCUGUGGGUUUCACCAAUAGCAGUAGUAGUUCAGGCUAUUUUUUUGGAGCAUUUAGAUUCUAAAGAGAUGAAAUUGCAGAAAGAUAUCAUUAUGGCAGACCCUUAAUGUAUGUACAAGCUCAGGAAUUCCCUAACUAGAUAACUAAUCUGCUAACAGCUAGCCUAAUUGAUCACAUGGUAAAUGCUAUUAAGCACGUGGGUUCUAACCAACAUUACUUAGGCAACUAUACAAGAGAGUUACAACCGAUAGGGUAGUAUAUCAAGGCCACAAGACUAACUACCAAUUAACAUAACUUGUGCUUCACUGGCAUGCUUGCUGUUACUGCCUAAGCUUUACUACUGCAGUCUCUAGACACUACUGUCUGCUGCAUCCAGCUGCUUGAUAGGCUACUCUUAACUGAUUAGUUGAGCUAUUCACUGCUACUAUACUGAGUGAGAUAGCUGCUUAGUUGCUAAUUACAUAGUUCACUGCAUAUCUUGAUAAGCCAUUGCAUAACUCUUGUAAAUGCAUACCCUGCUGCUGCAUCACUCAAGGCUUCUACUGAAGGCUGCUGUAUAACAACUACCAGCAGCACCAUUAUUAAGUAGGCAGGGUAGACAGGGUCUUAACAUAUUUGGGACUAUUAUCGCUGUUCAAGCCUACUUAAGAUUUUUUUUUAAAAACCUACUUCAAAAUUGGUCCUCAAGUUAAUGUUAUUAAUAAGUUGGGUUUUGAAAACAAAAAAAAUGCAGGCUCUUUUUGGUAGAUUCAAUCGGUUGGAUGUUUUUCAUAUUCACUCAUCAAAUUUCCUUGAUGACCCCAAUUCUGUUCUCAUUAAUUGGUAAUCCGUCGAAGAUUAUUUUUUGAUAGGUAGCAGAGCUGUUCUAUUAAUAUUAAAUAAAUAAAAAACUUGAUGUUCACAAUGAUGAAACACAAAGGAUCAACAAAGUACAAGAAUAUCAAGCGAAAGAUCUAAGAGAAGCUAGGAACUCAAAAACGGAAGAAAAUUGUGUUAAACCCCAAGCUUUGGACCAAUCAAAAAGAGUGAUCCUUUAAAGAUGUCUUACUAUUUGUUUGUAUAAGAAUUGUUUUAUUAUUUUGGGCACUGUUCAGCCUUACUAGUACUUCACCCAUUUUGUGGGAGGAAGAGAUGCCAUUUGUGCUAGGCUCAUUGGCUAAUUCGUGAAUGUAGUUCUAAGUUACAGUUGACAAGAUGUUGAGCCAAUUGUUGAAUAACAGCCAUUGAAAUGGAAAAAAUUGAUGCCCUCUCGGAAAGAACAAAACUCAGUGAUUAUUAAAUAUAUAAGUGCAACUUAAAUGUAAAACUCUGUUACUAAUUGUUAUAAUAAUGCAUACAUAUUUAUGCCUACUUCAUUUCUUUAAUGAAGUAGUCUUCU